CAGCAAAUCCAAUUAUGUGCUUAUGUUCCCAGUCUAAAAAUAGUAGAAAAUGACGGAAAACACAGAAUCAACACGUCAUUAGUUGUGAGCGUGUGGGAAAUUGCUCUUCGGUCUCUGUAGAGACAAUUCAUCUGUCAUGAGGAAAUGAUGAUGAUGACGGGUUACAAGCUGCCAUGGCGGACAGAGACCCAGUAAUGACGGAGAGGUGGGUGAGAUGGCAGCGGGGGACGAGUGAGAGGAAGGAUUAGAGUAACAAGGCGGAUGUCGCAAGGAAAUUAAAGAGAAUUUCCUCACAUAGCGGAUGAAAUAAGGAUGGGGACUUUUGUGACCCUGGCAGAGGUGCUAGAGGCCCGGGGUUCACCACUAGAUGAGGAUGAGGUCUGGUGUCUGCUUCUUGUCACCGCUGAGGCCUUACUGGGUGUUUCCAAGAAAGGUACUGGCACCGUAUGCAGUGUGCUCAGCCCAGGCUCGGUGCUACUGUCCUCUCAUGGGAGUCUUGCCUUUAAGAGCUGUGGACGAUAUGAUGAUGUGGCCUCCUUUGUGGCUCCUGAAGUCCUUCAGGGGCAUACUUCCUCCGCAAGGAAUACAGCUGAAAAGUCACUUGUGUACUCACUGGGCAUGACUUUUUAUUGGUGCGUGGAUUAUCAACUACCUCAAAACCAGCCGGUCCAGCUUAGUGCGGAGCUGGAGGGUUUACUCCUGAGCAUGUGCGAGGACACAGUGGCGAGACGGACGGACCUGCUGACGGUGCUAGAGACCUGCGAGCUUCACCACAAGACCUUUAUGCUGCCUCCAGCCGAGCGGCUUGUCAGGCAGCUGGUGGAAGAAAUCUACAGAAACUCCGUUGAUCCUAAUGUUAUGGCAGAAAAUGGAUCCCUGCUGACUGAUCGCAGUCAAAUUGUCAGAGACAAGCUUCACAGGCGGUCUUUUUGUAAUUCAACAUGGGUGAAAACCAAGCUCUCCAGAACUUUCUCAGGAGCAUCCUAUCCACCUGAGCCCACAGGUGAAAGAACGAUGAACUCAUUCCCAUCCAUGAUCCCCUCGAGGCGUUGGCACACGGAGAGUAACGGGAGUUGGCAGCAGUUGAAUCGGACUGCCUGUAGCCCAUACACGGAUGGCAGUCGACAUGCUAACUCCAGAUUCCUUGCACAGUUUGAAUCCUCAAUGAGUUUGAGUGACAAAAAAAAUAAGGACAUGGGCCCAGAGUUCCUAAGAAUGUCAGAUGAGCCGGUAGUUGUCUUGGAGCUCCCUGGCUCCAUUGUGUCAAAAAAAGGGAAAUCUCCCAUCACGCAAAGAGAGCUGACCGUGGUGAUGCCCAAUGGUCAAAACAUAGUAAUCAAAUGUGAUGUGAAAUCCAGAGGAGGGGAUGUGUUUGACAUGAUUGUCGCUCACGCUAACCUGGUGGAACACUUUUACUUCGGCCUUGCAUACAUCGAUGAUAAUGAGUUCUUCUUUGUGGACAAUGGCUGCAAGAUUUCCAAAGUUGCUCCAGAUAGCUGGAAGAAAGUGCCUUCAAUCACCUUUGUCCUUUUCUUCAGGGUCAAAUUCUUUGUCAAUGACAUUACUACUAUUUUGCACAAACAAACCCACCACCAGUACUACCUCCAACUCAGAAAAGACCUCUUGGAGGACAGAUUGUCCUGCCAUGAAGAAACUGCCCUAUACCUCGGAGCUUUGGCCUUGCAGACUGAGUAUGGGGACUGCAUGCCUGAGGUGUAUGGUAGAAACUACUGUCGCCCCGAUCAAUAUGUCCCCAAGAGUGUGAUGGAAAAUCGUGCCUUGCCUUAUAUUCUUGGAGAGCUACAACGGCUUCAUACCAACAAUGCCCAAAUGCUCACAGAUGAAUCAGAACUGGAGUUCCUCAAAGUUUGUCUGCAGUUGCCUGAAUAUGGAGUCUUGUUCCAUCGUGUGACACGAGAAAAAAAGCCUGUAGGAGAAAUUAUACUUGGAGUUUGUGCGAAAGGAGUUAUCGUUUAUGAGGUGAAAAAUGGCUGCCGGUGCACCAGUCAGACUUUCUACUGGAGGGAGACAGCCACUAUUUCCUCCAAUAGGCGGAGAUUUGUCAUAGAGUGUCGGGUCAGUAAGAAGAAGUACACCUUCAUCACAGAGACGUCAAAGAUAGCCAAAUACCUGUGUAACCUCUGUUCAUCCCAGCACAAGUUCAACAAUGAAAUGAAUUCUCGUCAGCUCAGCCACAGCAUGGCCUCAGAUUUAGUUUGUAUGUCUCUAGACGAGAACAUCUCUCAUUACGCACCAACUUGCCGUACACAAAGCAGUCGGCUCAAGUCCAUCAUAGGUUCUGAGACACCGCAAGAUGACAGUGGUCUGACCACUCCUCAAGAUGAGUCCCUGACACGGCUGUGUGAGGAUGUCGCUGCAAGGAUUGAAGCCCGCUUUAAACAGAAGCGUCAGAGUCUUUAUGAACAAAGCACCUGCUCCAGUAGUCAGCGCAGCAGCACUGGCAUGCGUUCCCCGGCCUGUUCUCAGAGAAGCGGCUCUGAAGUCCCCUUCAGCUCCCCAGCAGCCAGAGAAACUCCAACUAAACUGGGGUCAGCAUCAGAAAGAGAGGUUAUAUGCAUCUCUCUUAAGAAAGACCCAAAGCUUGGACUGGGUAUCGUGAUUGUGGGAGAGGACACAGUGGGCCGUUAUGACCUGGGCAUUUUUAUUGCAUCUGUAGUACCCGGGGGACCUGCUGAUAGGGACGGACAUAUACGGCCAGGUGGUCGCCUGAUCUCUCUGAACCACAUCAGCUUGGAGGGUGCCACCUUCAGUGAGGCAGCCGAGGUCAUGCAGAGCAGCCCAGAGGAGGUGCAGCUCAUUAUCUCACAGCCAAAAGCUCCUCAAACACCCAACACUCUGCGGCCUUCUGCACUGAGGAAUUACGAGUCGCAAACCACACUGAUGGCAUACGGACCAUCAGGAGGGGACAGCCUGGAUGAGAUUGUCUCGGUCAUGAUGGAACCAAAGACCGGCAAUAAGCUACACGUCCCCCAAGAAGUCCGUGUACUUAAUGCGCAGGAUGGCUGCUCGCUUUCUUCCUCUAUGAACUGCGAGAGGCUAGAGGAGGUCACCGUGAAGCUCAAGAAGCUAUCAGGAAGUCUGGGAAUCAGCAUCUCUGAUGGUGUCAACACUAGCCAUCCAAAUGGGGGAAUGUACAUCAAGAGCCUCGUUCCAGGAGGGUCUGCUGAUAAAGAUGGACGUAUACUUGCAGGUGACAGGCUUGUAGAAGUUGAUGGGAUCAGUUUUCAGAGCGUUACCUAUGAGCAGGCAGUGGAGUGCCUGAGCAACACCGGGGAGGUGGUGACUUUGGUUGUGGAGAGGCAGCCCAUGAGGUUGCCAAGGGUCUCUCUGAGUGCCUACACUGACAGCAGCAGUGUGUCUGCUCACAACACUGACGUAUUUACCAGGCAGCACAGGAUCAACAGCUUCUCGUCCAUUAGCACCCCUUCACAUGCAUUCUGUGACCGGCCCAGGGACUAUAAUUUUGUCACUGAUGGCAACACACAGGAAGUGACCCUGACUAAAAGCGCCAACGGUCUGGGCUUUAGCUUCGUUAUGUGUGAGCUGGACCCGCCCAUUCCGGACUUUGGCAGUCUGAUCCAAAUAAAGCAGCUUUUCCCUGGCCAACCGGCCCAGCUGAGUGGCAGGAUCAAUGAGGGGGAUGUACUCUUGGCCAUCAACGGCCAGUCACUCAAGGAAUUGUCUUAUCCAAAAGUACUAAAGCUGUUCAACACGUCACCCCCAGAGGUUCGACUGACACUGUGUCGGCCUUCACCAGGGACCCUUCCCUCCAUCCAUCAGCUUACAGGAACAUGAGCGAGUCAUAGUGUCACAUACAGUAGCACCAACAAGACAACCCUCGGAGGCAGUGUUUUGCUUCCCGGCAAGACAGGACACGCUAACAAAGACAAAGAACCUUCUGCUACAUGACAGCAGUGUACUAAAGAAGUAAAGCUGAAUUUGUGAAUGCAGACGAACUGUGGAUAUUAGUGGUGGGUUUGUGGAGACAAGAACCCAAGUAAAGGUGAGAAACUGGCUUCUCACAACCUAGAAAUAUGUAAUCAGGGUUGGGGAAUCUCAGCGUAGGGUACGGUACGAUACGGUACGAUACGAUUUGCAAAACUACACAUUCCAGAGUGACCUUUUAUUGUGGGCAGCCUAAAACACACCUGUGCAAUAAUCAUGCUGGUCAAUUAACAUGUUGAUAUGCCACACCUGUGAAGUGGGAUGGAUUAUUUUGGCAAAGGAGAAGUGCUCACUAACACAGAUUUAGAAAGAUAAACAGAAAGACACAGAAAAAUAAUAAGUGGAUAUUUUUAUCACUCACUAACGUAACUCUGACUCUGACUGCAGAAGUACAAUUUGCUGUAUUUAGAUAUGCUCGGAAAUCCCAGAAAAUAACCUCAAAACAUGCGCAUUAAACUUAAAUGACGCCGUGUCUUUGAACGCAACCGGUCAUCGCUCAUAAUAAUACGGAGUGAGAUUCAAAUGUUCUGCUACUAUUAAAGAAACUAGAGUAAAAGGCAUUCGACCGUGUCCCUCGCGGUGUCCUCUAGGUGGUGCUCCGGGAGUAUGGGAUUGGUGGCGCGCUACUACAUGCCAUUCAGUCCUUGUACAACCGGAGCAGGAGCCUGGUUCGCAUUGCCAGAAGUAAGUCAAGCCUGUUUCCGGUGAACGUUGGCCUCUGCCAAGGCUGCCCUUCGUCACCGAUUCUGUUCAUGAUUUUCAUGGACAGAAUUUCUAGGCACAGCCAAGGUCUCGAGGGAGUCCAGUUCGGGGGCCUUAGGAUCUCGUCUCUGCUUUUUGCAGACAAUGUGGCCCUGAUGGUCUCAUCGGGCUGUGACCUGCACCUCCAAAUCUGAGGCCAUGGUUGUCAGUCAGAAAAGGGUGAAUUGCUCCCUCCGGGUUGGGAAUGAAGUCCUGCCCCAGGUGGAGGAGUUCAAGUAUCUCUGGGUCUUGUUCACGAGUGAGGGAACAUUGGAGCGUGAGGUCGAUAGGCGGAUCGGCGCAGCGUCUGCAGUAAUGCGGUCGCUGUACCGGACCGUCGUGGUGAAGAGAGAGCUGAGCCGGAAGGCAAAGUUCUCAAUUUACCGUUCGAUCUAUGUUCCCACCCUCAACUAUGGUCAUGAGCUUUGGGUCGUGACCGAAAGAACGAGAUCGCGGAUACAAGCGGCUGAAAUGAGUUUCCGCCGUAGAGUAGCUGGACUCACCUUAAGAGAUAGGGUGAAGAGCUCGGUCAUCCGGGAGGAGCUCAGAGUAGAGCCGCUGCUCCUUUACAUCAAGAGGAACUAGUUGAGGUGGCUCCUGCAUCUAGUCCGGAUGCCUACCAGACGCCUCCCUGGUGAGGUGUUCUGGGCAUGCCCAGCCAGGAGAGGGCCCCGGGGCAGACCGAGGACACGCUGGAGGGAUUAUGUCUCACAGCUGGCCUGGGAACGCCUUGGUGUCCUCCCAGUGGAGCUGGAGGAGGUGGCCGAGGACCGGGAAGCCUGGGCUUCCCUACUGAGACUGCUGCCCCCUCAACCCGGACCCGGAUAAGUGGAGGAAAAUGGAAUGGAAUCUAGUCCGGAUGCCUCCUGGAUGCAUCCCUGGUGAGGUGUUCCGGGCAUGCCCAGCCGGGAUAAGGCCCCGGGGCAGACCUAGGACACGCUGAAGGGAUUAUGUCUCACAGCUGGCCUGGGAACGCCAAAGUAUCCUUCCGGUGAAACUGGAAGACCAGGAAGUCUGGACUUCCCUACUGAGACUGCUGCCCCCGCGACUCGGACCCGAAUAAGCGGAAGACAGUGGAAUGGAAUGGUAAAUAUUUAAUCAUUUGACAGCCCUAGUAUUUUCGUGAGACACUUCUUGCACACUUAUCCAGCUUUGUCUCAUUCUUCUAUACUAGAAAAGUCAAAGUGAGUACAUGCUUUUGCUGUGCAUCUUUCCUUGUAACUUCAGUGCUCGCAUUCUUCGUUGCGUAGUUUUUUCAGUUUUCUUCUUCUACAACUUCCGUCCCAACUUUCUGCCACUUUGGCGAGGAGCACUACUACCUCCUGGAUGGCAUGUAAAAUCGUGACUCAACUCACUUAAGAGAAUAUACACCAGACCAAGGACCACGCUAUAUUGGACAGUGGCUGCGUGUUCAUCAUAAUAUUAAACAUGUGUUUAAUGUUUUGUUUAAGGAAGCAACCAUUUUCUCACCCAAAUAAAAGCAUUUAAAAUGAGUCUGACCUCAAUGUGGAUGAUUAAUAGAGACACUAGUUUAAAUAUCAAGGACAAACUGGGCAACAGAGACGCUAGCGCACACCUCCCUGGGUGAAGAGGAGCCAGUAACAGUCCCUUUUAAGUGAGGGUUCCUGUAUUUUGGUGAAACCCAGUAGUGCAUCUGGAUCCCAUCAGAACUUUGCAAAUGAUCCCAAAUGUUUCUAAUUAUGCCAGUGGAGACGGCCCAAGGCUGUUUGAGUGUGCGUGUGUGUUUGUGUGUGCGUUUGUGUGUGGAAUCGCCCUGAAGGACAUGCACACGCAAACACUGGCCUCUGUUUAUUCAUGAGCAGAGAAACAGAAAUGGACAGCGCGGUAUUGACCUCUGCAGAAUCUGCUUAGGUCACUGCACGUGGCGAUGACUGAUGAAGGAGUGAUGGAGUAUGGAUGGAUAUUCCUUACCAGUCUUCCCUUGUGACAUCACUGUGUCUUAAGUGCGGUCCAAUUGAGGGGGUCUGGUGGGGAAUGAGUAACUGAAUAAUGACUUAUGAAUAUUAUUACCUCAGGAAAACACAAGGCCAUGUAUUGAUUGUUGGUUGAUUACACUUAACUUUUUGGAGGGGCUCCCAUGGGAAGAACAGAUACAAUUUCCACAUUAUUUUUUUUUCCUUUUUUUUUUUUUUUUUUUACAAUUUUACACCCUAGAAUCAAAUACACCCUAGAAUCAAAAAGGUAUUAUUGGUAUAUUCAUAAUACAUUACACCACCCUGCCAUUCUAGUUCGCAUUAAAAUGUGCAGAUCAUAUUACAAUUUUGCAUACAUCUGAGUUGCAUUCCUAAUAGCAUGACAGGACAGACCAGGAUGCAAAAUUUACUGUCGCCAAAUGUCAGCUGGGAUAGGGUUCACCUGUCCUAGAUCCUACACAGGAUAACAUAAAGGGUAUAGCCAAAUUGGUUCACUAAUACGGGAAUAUACAUAAAAAUACAACAUUAAAACAUUAAAAUAGAAAAUAAAUUGAGAUCAAGCUUAAUCCUUUUACUUACUGUAGUUUGCUGAACCAGCUAGUUGCUGUGCUUGAUGCCAAUCCGGGUCCUUUCACAUUUCUGAGGUCAUUUUCAUAGUUUCCUUGAGCAUUUGUUUCUAAAUGUCAAUGAAUGUAAUAAAACAGUUAUAUUAUGUGCCUGCGACAGGCAGCAUGACACUUGUGUGUGAUGAAUGUAGUCAUAGCUCAUGCUCACUUAACUUGCCAGUCAUCAAACCCACAAAGCCUUGUCAUUAGACCUAUAGAGCAAGCGACUUAUGGAAAUGUGAAAGAAGCAACUCUUCCUUAGAAACCAAGACAGAAUAAUUGAUAACUUCCUUUAAAAAGUCAGAUUUGUAUCUUUCUAAUGACUUUUUCCAUUAAAAAAAUACAAGAAACAAGCCUCGUUUAUUGCGGUUAAUUGGUUGCAGAACUCACCGUGAUGAAUGAAUUUUGAAUGAAUUUGGAUUCCUUAUUUAUAAAUGGAAUAUUUUCAUAGUUAGAGCAUAAAAAAACUGGUUUACGACCUUCUAAAUAUAAAUUUUGACAUUAAAGCCCUUGAGACAUUAAAUAACACACCUAUAGUCACCUUUACUCUCGUAUUGCCCAAUAUAGUAGACAUAACAGAAAAUAAGACAUAUACAGUAUAUUAGACAUAUAUAAAACAACCUUGUUGUUUUUCUGGACAGCGUACAUCCUGCGGUGGCUAUUGUCUCAUCAAUGUAAUGUAAUGGCGGCUGAAUGACAUCACAUGAGGAUGGCUGUAAAUUCGCCAUGCUUUUUAUUUGAAAAAGACACAGGGCACUAUGUCUUACAGGCAGAAGCUAAAAACACAGCAUGAGCAGUUCAACACUUACUAGUUCUCUUCUUCUGCAGACGUAUUUCCUAAAAGAUAGCUCUAACCAGCAUGCAGAACGUCACUGCCCUCUAUAGUCUACACUCUAAACAGCAGCUCAGAACUACACAGUACACCCUUUGAUACAGUAACAUUACGGACACGUAGUGACCAGUGUAGAAUACUAUAAUCACGUCUUUAAAUCUUCUGAAUGCCUUAUAUUUAUAUUUUCAUUAAUUCUUUUUAUACUUGAAAAUGCUUAAUUUAGGCCAAGAAAACAUACAAUUUGCUUCAAUAUGCAUGUGCUUCCAUCAAUCUUUUUUUUUUGUGGGGGUAUGCUGGAGCCUAUCCCAGCUGGCUUGGCCGAGAGGCGGGGUACAUCCUGGACCGCCAAUCGCAGCGCACCAUAUAGACAAACAAUCAUUCUCACAUUCAUAUCUAUGGACAAUUUUAGAGCCGCUAUGCAUGUUCUUUGACUGUUCUUUAAAUCUUUUUUUGUGUGCUAAUUUAUUAAUUUAUUUCGAAAAACCAUGAUAGCGUGAAGCCUCAAAAUUCGAACGGCAAAGUGGCGACGGACUACCCAUUAUUAUCGGCUGUAAUCAAUAGAUACUGGAUAUUUGACGUUAUAACUUUACAAGGAAUAUUUACACACACAUACCAAAUCAAGAUCAAUAUCUGUGUGGUCUAGCUUUGUCCCUAGGUUGAUGUAAGUAAGAACUCCCAAACUAUAAAUGUUUUUUUUCCAGACUGCCGAGGCCCAGAGCAUGGAUAAGGGUGCUUUUGGUAAUGCUUGAGCUGUGUGAAACACCACCCAGACAAAUGGGCACAAUGAUGCAGUUUGGCAGGCCUAAAGGCCUCUCUCUGCAUUACAGGACAUUGUGAACGAUUCACAUUUUCCGCUGCCGCGCUACUGUGACGCACGCACCCGUACAGAGACAGUCAUAGAUGCUGGGGGAUUUCACGCAGCAAGUCGUUUGCCUGCUUAUAUGUCACUUCUCAUUCUGCUAUUUCCUCAUUCAAAGCGAUAAUGCUAAUGUGUUAAAUGGACUGCCAUUAUUUCAAAUAAGCCAUGUUGUUCUUUAGAAGGACCUUAAAUCUAUCGCCAUGACUGCAGUGGCAAGCAUCCCCUGAAGGGAGGAAAAAAAGUACUCUAAUUCUAUUUGGGGGGGGAUUCUCAAAUAUCCUAUUAGUGGUGACUGUAAACGGAUAUCCCAAUUAUAAUUACACCCCGACCCAAAGUAUCUAAUAAUGAAAAGGACAGUAAUUGAGCAUUCUAAGGGAGCAGACAGCUAAAGAAUUCCACCUUUCUAAAAGGGAGCCACUGAUGCAGUGGAGCUUGAAAAGGAAAUUGAAAGGACGUCAAUGAAAAGGAAGCAGUCAGAAGGUAGUAAAAGUUCAAUACGUCAAAUGAAUGACUGGAGGUUGAAUGGGCAUUCAUAUACACGCUCGUAGCAAACCCAUAAUGUGUCAACAAAGUUCAGUGUGGGAGGUCGUCCCGAGAGGAAGCCGCUUGACACACACGAGGCACGAAUUCUGCUGCUCUUUCAACGGAAAUUAUCAUCAUACGUCUCCACUGCAUUAGGAAAGCAAAACAACCUGAUGAGAUGACCAUGGAGCCCCAGGCUAGGACUUGAGAUGGAAAUGAGGGUAAAAGCUUUGCUCACUUUGACAACCAGAACAUGAUACCCCAUUUAAUAAAACAGAGGAGAGCAAUAGCAUCAACAUUAACAGUAUUUAAACCUCAUUAAAAGGUUAGCUUGGCAAGUAUUUACUUACCAAGAGCACAAAAUCACCAUGUAUCUAAUAAUAGAAGUCAUUACAUCUGUGAUUCCAGCUCUCAGUGAUCCUUUAACUGGCAAGGCAAGGCAAGUUUAUUUAUCGAGCAGAGUUCAUACACAAGGUAAUUCAAAGUGCUUCACAGGAAAGAAGGGUAAAAUCACUUCAUAAACUCAUCCCAUAAAACAGAAUAUCAUCAAUCAGGAAAUGUGGCUAAAAUGGGAAACUUGACUACUAUUUUUCACAUUAUUACAUUAUCUCAAUAAUUUCCGAUGUAUUCACCUAGAAGAGUGUGUAUUUGGAACACAGGAAUUGAACACAUGUAUAAACGGAUGGGGGGGUAGGAUUAAAUCAGCUAUUUCCUACUCCUUUUGGACAUGUGCAACUGUGAACUGUAAUAUGUGAUGUAUUUCAAUAUAACUUGUAUGCAUGUUCAAACAUAUUAAACCAUUACCAUUAUAAUUACCAUCACCAUUCUAAAAUCAUGACAUAAAAUUCCAUAACUCAUUCCAUAAAAAAAAAUACUUUCAGUUGUCAUAUACUGUACACAGUUGAAUAGAACUGUUCCAGAUUUUGGAAGCAUAAAACUGAAACGCAGCCUCACCAUGUUUAGUCCUGACUUUGGGCACUCGCAGGAGACCCCUCCCUGAGCUUCCCAGAGCCCGAGAUGUUUCAUGCAUGUCAGAGAUGUACUUUGGAGCAGGAUAAUGAAAAGACUUGUAAUCAAGCGGAGCUGUUUUAAUGUCUAUUCUCUGAGCACCAGGAAGCCAGGUGCAGAGACCCGAGUACUGGACUAAUAUGGUCAUAUUUCCUGGUUCUAGUAAGGACUCGAGCAGCAGCAUUCUGGAUGUACUGCAGCUGUUAUACAGCUCGUUUAGAGAGCCCGGUGAGAAGGCCGUUACAGUAGUCUAGCGUGCUGGAGACAAAGGCAUGGAUUAGUCUCUCUAAGUCUGGCAUAGACACUAUUCCCUUAAUUUUGGCAAUGUUUUAUAGGCGGUAAAAAGCUGAUGAUGUUAUUGAUUUAAUGUGGCUGUUAAAUUUUAGAUCUGAGUCCAUUAUUACCCUAACCUGAUGAUUAGGUUAUAGCAAAAGUAUCUCAAGGGGUGUCAAGGAGUCCCAGGUCCCAGGAUUGACCCCUGGGGAACCCCACAGGUCGUAGCCAUUUGGUCUGAGACACAGUUACCAAUUCCAACAAAGUACUUCCUGUCCUCCAGAUAGGACUUGAACCAGCUUAGAGCAGUACCAGAGAUUUCCACCCAAUUGUAUAACCUCUGUAAUAAGCUCACAUGGUCAACUAGUGGAGGUGAAUAGCUUUGCAUUUCUUUCAGGAAGUAAAUACCAUACUAAUAUUUGCCAUUCAAAGGCAUAUAUUUAAACAAGAGCCACUGAAACAGCCAAAAGUGGUCGAAAUACAGUAUGUGUGAUCCCCGCCAUUGCCAUUCUUAUUUGCAUUGACCACCCACAAUUGGUGAGUAAAUGAGACGCCUAUAAAAAUUGACAGGAGGUCAUCAAACCAAUUGCCUUCUCACUCACCGUGCAAACCAAAAGCGACACAUGGCAUACAUAAUGUACUGUAACUGCACCACACGGACUAUGCGAGUAUCAAAAUAAAGGCUUACACGGUAAUAUACGUGCAAAACAAUACUAUUUUAUACAAAUGUAUAACCCGUAAGGCAUUCUGGGUAACUUCCGGAUUGGAAAGUGUGCACGUGGGCUUCCCAGCAUGCCUUGUGGGUUCUAAAUUAGUAUCAAAUAGAAUUGUUUUCAAUGUAUAUGACUGUGUACAUGUCUAUUUACCUGCAUAGGCCAUGUGGUACAGUUACAUUGUGUGUUCCACGUGUUACUUUUAUUAGUUUUGGUUGCACUGUGAAAGAGGUAGGCAUUUGGGCUGUUAAGCCCCUGUUGGGUUGUGAUGUGUGAGUGGGGGUGUAAAUGUCAAGCUAAUUCACUGCAAGUUUGCCUCCGACUACUUUCUGUGCAAAAACGGUGGGAAAACUUUUAUACCCAUGUGUGCACACUACUGAGAUCAACACUGGUGAUGAUUGGUAUUCAUUGUGGUCCACUGAGUGACACUAGUUACAAACAUGGCAGCGCGCGCACAAAAAUGAUACGCACAUUUACCAGCAUGCAAUCUAAUUUAUGUAAUAAUCUACUUAAUUUUCACUUCUCUUUUUAUUUUAAGGAGUCAUUGUCUUCAAAAAUGUUUUUCCUUUUAUGCCGUACAAAGCAAAGGAUUACCACAUAUAAUAAUUUAAACCUCCACCACCAGUUUUAGCUCUUACGCAGCACUUUUUCCCGUAGAAAAACAUAUGUGGGAAGAAUCAAACAAGAAAAAAAGCCUCGGUACCAACAGCAAAGGUUAGGCCAGAGACGUACAGUACAGUAUAUAGUUCAAUACAGAGACUUUUGGUGAUGAAGGAGGAAUAAUACUUGUAACAGAUGCAGGCAUGAGCAAUGACGGACUUUGCAAUGAUAAUAAGAGCAGAAGGAUGAAGGUGACCCAUAGUUUUUGUUUAAAGCAUCCUCAAUGGAGAGAAUAAAGGCAUGCACACAGUGUAGAAGCGUCAUACAUUUGAUGACAGUUCUUAAUAACUUUUCAUAGUAAAAAUACUUGAAAUAAUCCACAAAGUCUAACACCCACAGAAUGCUCGUGAGUACAUGCGUGUCCACAAUAUAAAUGUAUGAUUUACUCAAUGUACUCGCCAGUCCUCCAAUAAUAUACCCGCCAUCUUUGCAGGAAUACAUAGAAAUAUAAAAAAUAAUUCACAACGUAAGGAAAAUUGCGGUAAUACAGUACAGUAUUAUAAUAUAAUGAAGGGAUGGCUGGGACAUGUAAACAAGUAGAAGUCGAAGACGGAUGGGGGGGGAGCGUGGGAAUCAUACCAAGUUCAAAUGACCCAGUGGAAGUACGCCCUUAGUCCGGUCUGGUGCAUCAUCAUCCAGGUGUGUUAGUUUGACUACCAUCCAUUUUCCUCUGGUUACCCAGAGAAGCCCACGCUCUCCUGUCUCUGAGAACUUCUGCAGUUUCACAAGGAGGACACAUUUGAUCUCUGUCCCGAGGCCUUCUCCCAGAACACCUCACCAGGAAGACAACCGGGAUGCAUCCAGAAUAAAUGCCACCACAACUGGCUCCUCCCAAUGUGGAGAACCACACAAACUAUAGAGAUUGUUACUAGAAGUGGGAGGAAGGGAACAUAGCUCAACUAGUACUUUUGCCUUUUGGCUCCACUCUGUCUUCAUCACAACUGUCACAACUACGCACACAGCCUGUGACCUAACACAGCCUCUUGGUACAACUGUUAGUGUGAAAUUAGGGAGUUGCUCCUCCCCAAGGGAUGAGGAAUCUCUACAUGUAGACACUGAAGUGGAUGUAUUGAUGGGUAAAACAUGGUCCACUGAUGCUAAAGGCCACCCAUAUUAGCAUGAGAAAACGGGUUGAAGAAAUAAAUCAAACGGUGGCUGUUAUUUUACAGCAAGAACUCCAUCUGCGCAGUCUACAAAGUAGACAGAAGAUACUUCAGAAUAUUCCGCCGAGGGUUGCAUGUUGGAGGCUGUGGGUCUCUGAGCUGACCAAGAUGAAGAAAACAUGUACAGUAUGUGAGAAUGAAUUGUGGAGGCAGUAAUCAACUUGUCAUUCACCUCCUCGUGGCAGGAGUAUCCAACACACGCACGAUGUACAACUCACGCGUAUUAUAAAUCCAACCUGUCUGCACCCAGAGUAUGUAUGAUCCAAAUUUAUCUCUUCGCCUUUCAAGACACCUAGUGUAAACACACCUAGCUUAGACCUUCCACCUUGUGACAGCAGUUAACAUCAGUCGGUGUGAAACAUGCUGCUCGACCGCAUCAGGCCCGGACAAGUUUUACAAGAUCUACACUCUCUGUCAUGCCCUCAAUCAGCCCACUGCGUUCCCCUGAUAGGUGCCGUUUCCUCUCUCAAACCACUCCCUAAAGCCCCAUUAGUACGCACAAGUUCAAGAAAAUGUUCACAGAAAGUGGACCUAGUCUAAAGAAAAAGCUUUUAACAUCCAGAUAAAGGCGUAAUACUGAAGGAAUUCAAGGGGUUCUUCCCUUGUCCAGUUGUUUUCCUUGUUACACUCCCUUUACCCUUCCUCCUCUUCAUGGUUUUUCCUCCCCAUUCAUCUGUUCACCCCGUGUCCGAGCAAAUGACUCUCUGAGGGUGAAGAGGUAAAACCUCACCUAUAAAUCUCAGCACUGUGUCUGUACAUCCCUUCACGUGAAAGCCCCAUUGCUUAUAGUAUAACAUGUUUGUGUCUUCCCCUGUAAAUGUCUUUUGGAGUGACACUAACUCAAUAACUCCUUUUCAUUUGUUUUACAAAUCACAGUAAGUGGUGCCUUUUGGCUUUUUACUUUGUUCAUCUUCUCCACUUAGUUUCAAAGCCUUUAUAACUAACUAGUUAGCUUGGUACCUUGCUAAUGCUUAAAGCGGUGUCCGUUUCUUGUGUCCUUGUAGAGAUCCCGUAGCCUGUGCAUAAGAGUUGCGCAAUGUGGUGUAAGCAAAGAUAGUCAUAGUGAGGAUCGGUGAUAGACUCACGUCGAUACCAUGCGAUCGACCCAAAAUAUGUUCAAGUUGCUAAAACAAUGCUAUCGUGAGUUAUUAUGUCUUAUUAUCGCUUAACAUGCCUACUCUAUUGGGUAAUAUGAGUAUAAAGUUGACUACUGGGGUGUUAUUUCAUGUCUACAGGGCUCUAAUAAUGUUGAAAAGUAUGUUUUAGAAGGUCAUAAACAGGUUUUUUAUGCUCUAACUACAAAAAUAUUACAUUUAUUAAUAUUGAAUCCUACUUUGGGGAAAUUCACUUAUCGCAGUUGAGUCUGGAACCAAUGAAUUGUGAUAAACGCGAAAUGACUGUAUAUAUAGUAUCAUUAUUAUUACUCCUCAUUGUAGUGUUCUGCUUUAAAGAAGCAUCCAAUGGUCAAACAUUAAAAAUAACACGCAGAAUAUGUUCUGUGCAUGGGCCUCCCGAUCCAUGGGGGGCCCCAUUUUGCGCAAGGGGACGCAAAUGUUAAAAUGAUACGCAUCCCUGCCUUGAGGUGCACAUAGGGCACAUAGGAACUAGCCCAGUAGUGUCGAGAGGGAAGAAAAAGAAUUUCUGUGAAGGAUUCCUUAAUUAUAAAUCAAAUAUUUUCGUAGUUAGAGCAUAGAAAAACUAUAACAAAUAAGUUAUUUAACAUUAUUAGAGUCCUCUAGACAUGAAAUAACAACCCUAUAGUCACCUUUACACGCAUAUUACCAAAUAAAGUAGCCCGUGUUUUUAUUAGAGAUUUUUAUUAGGGAUUAUUGGGCCUGUUGUGAGAUCAUUCAAACUUGCAAUAAAAGCCUGUUGUUCUGGCCAUCAAGUCUUGUCUUUGUGUGCUUCACCAAACAUUACUGACACCUGGCAAGCGUUAGGGGAUUAACUCCAUGCAAGGUGUGCUUUUUCUUUGGCUUUUUAGCAACAUAAAUUCCAAAAGUCGCCCAGAUCACGUAACAUGCACAUGAGCCAAAAACAACUUUCCUCCCCAAUGGACAAUAAAAAUCUAUUCUAUUCUAUUCUAUGCUCUUUUUUCCACAUUGU